AUGAAUCCAGCUGAACGGCAGCAUCUCCUACAAACAGCCUUCGUGGUGUUUCCCUCAUUCUUCCUAUUUGGCUACAACCAAGUCGUUGUCGGCGCCCUCGUCUCCUUCGAGGCUUUCACCAAGUUAUUUCCUGACCUCGAUACCGUGCAUGCACCCCCCGUGCUAGAAUCUCACCGUUCUGUUAUACAAGGCGUCUACGUCUCCUCGUUUACACUUGGUGGCGCUGUUGGUUCUUUAUCCUGUUCGUUUAUUGGGGACUGGCUGGGCCGGCGGAAGACGAUAUGCAUUGGUGCUAUCCUGACCUUGAUUGGGACAGCUUUGUCCUGCUCUUCGUUUGACCUGCCGCAGUUGUUCAUCGGCCGGAUUCUGACCGGUAUGGGCGUGGGAAUAUUCUCUGCCAUGGUUCCUGUCUGGCAGUCUGAGUCUUCGCAGGCCAUAAACCGCGGAAGACAUGUUGUCAUUGACGGAAUCUUCAUCACCAGUGGUUAUGCCGUGUGCUACUGGAUCAACUUUGGUUUCUCUAGAGUCCAGGAGCAUGAUGUCUCAUGGAGAGUCCCGCUCGCCAUUCCUGGGGUGCUCUCUAUCAUCCUAUGCAGCGCUAUCUUCUUCUUCCCUGAGUCCCCCCGCUGGCUCGUCAAGGUCGGCAGAGUUGAGCAAGCUACUUCAGAGCUUGCACGUAUCAAGCGAGUGGAUAAGGACGCUGAAGAAAUCACUCGAGAGAUCACCGCUAUUGAAGUGUCCCUCGAGAGUACCGCAUCCAAUGCCUCUUCCUUCCGAGACAUCCUCACCAUGAAGGACGGGAAACUCUUCUACCGCUGCAUGCUUUGUAUAGGACUGCAGUUCUGGAUUCAGAUGACUGGGGCCCAGGUCAUCAGUACGUAUUCCACAACAAUUUUCCAACAAAACCUGAAGCUAUCCGAUGCAAUUACCCGUAUCCUAGCCGCCUGCGCCAUGACCUGGAAGUUCCUCGCGUCCUUCAUCUCCCUGUUCACGAUCGACCGUUUCGGACGUCGAAUCCUAUUCCUCAUCUGCGGAGUCGGAAUCACAAUGUGCAUGACCUGCAUGGCCAUUACGUCCAGUUUCUCCAGCAACAACAAGGGCGCUGCGAUCGCCAGCUCGUUCUUCGUCUUCCUCUUCAAUUUCUUCUUCCCGAUUGGCUUCCUCGGCCCGAGCUUCUUAUAUUGCACAGAGGUUGCGUCGAGUAGGCUGCGUGUGGCGAUGACUUCGAUUUCAACCGCUAAUCACUGGUUAUGGAACUUCCUCGUGCAAAUGGUUACUCCCAUUGCACUGUCUACAAUUGGAUAUCAGUAUUACAUCGUGUAUGCAAUAAUAGGCCUUACCUAUAUCAUAUCGGUGUACUUCCUGUACCCUGAAACUAUGGGUCAAAGCCUUGAGAGACUGGAAGAUCUGUUCCAACAGGAUGUAUCAAUCUUGGAGACGGUCAAGAUCGCCAAUAAGCUGACCAAGUUUCCUGCCGAUGAAGUGCAGCCGGAAGAUUUCAAGGGGAAGACGGAGCAAAUUGAAAAGGCUUGA